AUGGCUGGACUCCUCUUCAUCUCCUGGCAAAUAAGCCCUCUGUUUUCAGGAGUGGUAGCCUCUUGGGACGAUUUGAAGCAAUUUUUUAUUACGACACCUAGAGAUAUCCUCAGCGAAACUCACAAGGACCUCGUUAGGAGUGGUGGAGAAUGGCUGAAAAAAACUGCUGGAUCCUGCUCCUUGGUAGCAGCACUGAUAGCCACUGUAGCCUUUUCCACAUCCACCACCAUCCCCGGCAACUUCAAAGAUGACACAGGUGCCCCAACCCUUGAAGACAGGCCAGAAUUCAAAGCCUUUGCCAUUGCAUCUCUCAUUGCUCGUUGCUGUUCUGUCACCUCACUGGUGCUGUUCCUCUCAAUACUCACAUCUCGGUAUCAAGAGCAUGAUUUCGAUAGCAGUCUUCCCAGGAAGCUGAUCCUUGGGUUGACAUCGUUGUUCAUGUCCAUUAUCUCCACGAUGGUUUGUUUCUGUGCUGGCCAUUUCUUUGUGCUAAAGGACAAACUCAAAUCUGUUGCAUUUCCUGUGUAUAUGCCGUGA